GAAUUGAUCACAGCUCUCGCAAUGACAACCCCAGAAACCCCCGACAAAACAACAAUCACAAUCCUCCUCCUCGGAGACCCAGGAUGCGGCAAAUCGACAUUCCUUUCCUCCUUAAAAACCCCCCUCGUCAGACCCUCACACCCAAACAACCCAUCCCCAGUCUCAAUCACAAAACCAGAAACCCUCCGCGACACAGACCAACCCUUCCUCUACGACAUCCGGUUCUCGCGCAAAUCAUUCACACUCGAGUUCUUCGACACCGCGAGCCCGAAUCAGCAUUGGACGAUGCUACGGCCUGAUGUUGUGGUGCUUGCUUUUGAUAUUUCGGAGAGGGUGUGUUUGGAGGGGUUGAGGGGGUGGCGCAACGAAAUAACACUACACUUCCAACACGGCUACGGCGAGAAAAUCCCCGUUAUGAUGCUCGGUCUUAAGCGGGAUUUGAGAGUUGAGGGUGAGGGUGUUAUUUAUCCGCAGGAGACAUACCGCAUUGCGCAGGAACUGCGCUGUGAUCGGUAUGCGGAGUGUUCGGCUGUUACAGGAGAGUUGCUUGCGGAGACGUUUGAGGAUAUUUCGAGGAUGGGGGCUAUGGCGAGGGCGGGGAAGGGCGGGGAGAGCGAUGGGGGGUGUAGUAUUUUAUAGUGGAUUUCUGUUGUGGUUAUGGUUGAUUUUGUUAGGGCUGGAGUUGGUGUUAUGAUACCCGUUUCUGUUACCGUUUUCUGGAUAUGAACAUAGUUGUAUGGACACAGCUUCCUUUUCGUAUGGACAAUGGGUAUAAGUAAACUAGUCCAGAUAUAUCUCGUCCCGUAACCGCUGCAGAUUCCGAAAUAUCCCACCCCCAGGCCCCUCACUCUCCUGCCGCCGAUGCCCCGUCGUCCUCCCAUCACUCCUCUGCUGCUGUCCCUCUCCCUGUCCCUGCUGCCCCGAUCCACCUUGUUGAC